GUCUGUGUGUGUGUGUGUGUGUGUGUGUGUGUGUGUGUGUGUGUGUGUGUGUGUGUGUCUGUGUGUGUGUGUGUGUGUGUGUGUAGGCGUGGUGUUCGGGGCAGCGUGUACGCUCAGCCACAUGGGGGCGCUGCUGAGGCAGGAAGUGGAGACUCUUCCUCCUCAUCGGACCCAAGUCUUCCUCGCCGUUCUGGAGCAGCUGCGCUGGUUCGCCGGGACUCAGAUCCGCAACGUGGCGGCCGUUGGGGGCAACAUCAUGACAGCCAGUCCCGUCUCAGACCUCAACCCUGUGUUCAUGGCAACGGGCUGCAGGCUCACCCUGAUGGACAAAGACGGCAGCCGCGUGGUGCCGAUGGACGCCUCCUUCUUCCCGGGCUACCGGCGCACGGCGCUGCGGCCGCAGGAGGUGCUGGUUUCCGUGGAGAUCCCGUUCAGCCGCGCCUCUCAGUUCGUCUCCGUCUUCAAACAGUCGCUGCGCCGCGAGGACGACGUCAGCAUCGUCACGGCCGCCAUGAGCGUGACCUUUGCCCCCGGGACGGACGCCGUGGAGGAGCUGAGGCUGAGCUACGGCGGCGUGGCGGCCGUCACCACGCUGGCCUCCGCCACGGCCGCCGCGCUGCUGGGCAGGCGGUGGGGGGAGGAGCUCCUGGAGGACGCCUGCUCCUCAUUGGCUAAGGAGUUGACCCUUGACCCCUCUGCGCCGGGCGGCAUGGUGACGUACCGCCGCACUCUGACCCUCAGCCUGUUCUACAAGUUCUACCUGACGGUGCUGCAGAAGCUCCACGAGCAGGGCGUGAAGGCGGACGCCGUCCGGCCCGACUGCCGCAGCGCCGCCGCCGUCCACCGCCCAGAGCCCCCGUCCAGCAUCCAGGUGUUCCAGGCGGUGCCAGAGGGGCAGGACCGCAGCGACGCCGUGGGCCGUCCCAUGAUGCACCUGUCGGCCCUGAAGCAGGCGACGGGCGAGGCGGUUUACUGCGACGACAUCCCGCUGUACGAGAACGAGCUUCACCUGGCGCUGGUCACCAGCAGCAAGGCACACGCCCACAUCCUCUCCAUCGACAGUGCGGCGGCCCGGCGGCUGCCCGGCGUGGUCUGCUGCGUGUUUGCGGAGGACGUCCCCGGCAGCAACGCCACCGGACCCGUCCUCUACGACGAGACCGUCUUCGCCGACCGCCAGGUGUGUUUCUCUUCCUCCGGCCAAUCGGGAGGCUCCCCCGGGCUGACCGUGCCCCUCCCCCUGCAGGUGACGUGCGUCGGCCACAUCAUCGGCGCCGUGGUGGCCGACACGCAGCUUCAUGCCCAGAGGGCCGCCAAGGCCGUCCGGGUCCAGUAUGAGGAGCUGCCGCCCGUGGUCACCAUCCAGGAGGCCAUCGCCGCCCAGUCUUUCUACCAGCCAAUCAGAACCCUGCAGAGUGGAGACCUGGAGGCCGGCUUCAAGCAGGCUGACGGGGUCCUGGAGGGUGAGAUGCACAUGGGAGGUCAGGAGCACUUCUACCUGGAGACCAACGUCACGCUGGCUGUCCCCCGAGGAGAAGACGGAGAGAUGGAGCUCUUUGUUUCCACUCAGUCUGCCACCAAAACACAGGCGCUGGUGGCCAAGGCGCUGGGCGUGCCGGCCAACAGGGUGGUGGUGCGGGUGAAGAGGAUGGGCGGAGGCUUCGGGGGGAAGGAGACCCGCACCACCCUGCUGUCCACCGUGGUCGCCGUGGCAGCCAACAAGCUGAAGAGGCCCGUCAGGUGCAUGCUGGACCGGGACGAGGACAUGCUGGUGACGGGGGGCCGACACCCCUUCUACGGCAAAUACAAGGUGGGUUACCUGGCCAGCGGUAAGGUGGUGGCCCUGGACGUGUCGUACUACAGCAACGCGGGCAACUCCAUGGACCUCUCUCUGUCGGUCAUGGAGCGCGCCCUGUUCCACAUGGAGAACUCGUACCGCGUGGCCAGCGUCCGCGGCCGUGGCUUCCUGUGCCGGACCAACCUGCCCUCCAACACGGCCUUCAGGGGCUUCGGGGGCCCUCAGGGCAUGAUGCUGGCCGAGGUCUGGAUCACUGACCUGGCCCUGACCCUGGACCGGCCCGCUGAGGAGGUGCGCCGGCUGAACCUGUACCUGGAAGGCGAGGCGACGCCCUACAACCAGAUCCUGACCCACGUCACUCUGGACCGCUGCUGGGCCGAGUGCCUGACCCGCUCCGGGUACCAUCAGCGCCGGGCCGCCGUGGACCUGUACAACAGGGAGAACCGCUGGACCAAGCGGGGCCUCGCCAUCCUGCCCACCAAGUUCGGCAUCAGCUUCACGGCGGCCUUCCUCAACCAGGCCGGCGCUCUGGUCCACAUCUACACCGACGGCUCGGUUCUGUUGACCCACGGAGGGACGGAGAUGGGACAAGGACUCCACACCAAGAUGGUCCAGGUGGCCAGCAGGGUUCUGGGUAUUCCCUGUUCCAAGAUCCACAUCUCAGAGACCAGCACCAACACGGUGCCCAACACCAGCCCCACCGCCGCCUCCGCCUCCUCGGACCUCAACGGGGCCGCCGUGCAGAACGCCUGUGAGGUCCUCGUGGGGCGCCUGGAGCCCUACAAGACCAGGAACCCCAAAGGAUCAUGGGAAGACUGGGUGACAGCAGCGUACUUCGACCGGGUCAACCUCAGCGCCAACGGCUUCUACAGGACUCCAGACCUGGGCUACGACUUUGAGUCAAACUCGGGCCGAGUGUUCAACUACUUCAGCUGCGGGGUGGCGUGCUCCGAGGUGGAGGUGGACUGCCUGACCGGAGCCCACAAGAACCUGAGCAGCACCAUCGUGAUGGACGUGGGCCGCAGCCUCAACCCGGCCAUCGACAUCGGCCAGGUGGAAGGGGCCUUCAUGCAGGGUCUGGGACUCUUCACCAUGGAGGAGCUCCGUUAUUCCCCCCAGGGGGUCCUCCUCACUCGGGGUCCUGGUGCUUAUAAGAUCCCGGGUUUCGGCGACAUCCCCAGCCAGCUCACCGUGUCGCUGCUCCGGGACGCGCCCAACGACAAGGCCAUCUACGCCUCCAAGGCCGUCGGCGAGCCGCCUCUCUUUCUGGCCGCCGCCAACUUCUUUGCCAUCAAGGACGCCGUCGGCGCCGCCCGCAGCCAGGAGGGCCUCCGCGGCGCCUUCCGGCUGGACAGCCCCGCCUCCUGCGAGAGGAUCCGCAACGCCUGCAGCGACCGCUUCACCCGACUGUGUCCUCCUGCAGAACCUGGUACCUUCAGCCCCUGGUCGGUCCAGGUCUAGGACCAGAGGAACCACCCUGACGGUCCAGGUCUAGGACCAGAGGAACCUGAGACCAUGGACCAGGACUUCCUGAUGUGAAGUGAUUCUUUAACAUCUGAUUCAUUAGAGAUAAUCAGAGAUACUUUGAUGUUGAUUGUUCCUGCUGACGGAGCUCAGUGAUCAGUAGAGGUCUAAUACUUGAUUUUGAUUGGAUGUGUUUAGAUGUGAAGAUGUUGAAAUAAAGCUCCUGGUGUCGGA